AGUUUUAUCUUUUUAUAUUCUUUGCUUCUAUCUUAAUAUCUCUCUAAUGUCAUAUGCAAUUGACUGGCAGUGAGGUACACAAUGGAUGAUACUGACGUCAACAGUAGAAAAUGUGAAGUGUGUUUUAUGUGUGAUGCGAGCUCCUCUGCGCUGGGUGCUGUGGGACGUGAAAGACACCCUACUAAAGGUACGGGUGUCUGUGGGAGAGCAGUACUGUAAGGAGACUGAGCGACUGGGCCUGAGCCUAAACCCUGUGGAGGUUGAUGCUGCUUUCCGGCAGGUCUAUCAACAUUAUUCCCGCAGAUACCCAAACUACGGGAUCUCUCAGGGUCUGGAUGGACAGUCUUGGUGGAUUGGUUUGGUGCAGGACACCCUCUCCCAGUGCGGGGUCCAAGAUCCAGUCCUGUUAAAUACAGCUGCUAAGAAUCUAUAUCAUAACUUCAGCAAUGCAGACAACUGGGAGGUGUUUCCGGACUCAAAGAAGACUCUAGAGAAUUGUUCCUCUCUCGGACUGAAACUGGGCAUCGUAUCCAACUUUGACAAUCGCCUCGAACCCAUCUUACAGAGUUGUGGGCUACUGUCACACUUCAGCUUUCUAAUAACAUCAGAGAAAGCUGGUGUGGCAAAGCCCAGUCCUGCAAUCUUUGAUCAGGCGCUUCAGAAAUGUGGCACACCAGCUGACAGUGUGGCUCACGUUGGGGACCACUAUGUGAAUGAUUACAUCACCUCUCGGUCUGCGGGCAUCCACGGGUUCCUUUUAGACAGGCACAAGAAAAACCAAGCAGCCAUUCCUGAGGAGCACAGGCUUCUCUCAUUAGAGGAGCUGCUAUCACGGCUUCAGAAGUACAUGGACUAAAGGAGAACAAUGUCCAGUACCUCCACUCAGCCACACUCUGCUUCAGUUCAGGGAAUAAGCUGUCGAUCUUUGUAAACCCAAGCACCUCAAUAAUACGAGACAUCUGUAUCACCCUGCAUUUCAUUGUAUCAACUAAAGCUGUAUUUAGCAGUUGUACUACAAUAUAAAUAAACUGUGCAAUAUUUAUAUA